AUGACUUCCCUUCCUCCCUACUCAGCCAAGGACAUCCCCGCGACCGCCGACAUUGUCGUCUUCAAAGGAUCCAAGAAUGGAUCCGGCGAUGCUAAAGUGACUCUCAGAGGCCUGCCCCGUCCUGUCAAAUACGAAGAUGUUGCCGCGGAGCUUGUUCGACAGGGUGCAUUCGGCGCAGUGGGGACGAGCGCAACGACCGACCAGCCGUUGCUGCAUUUUUACAACAAGGUUUUCCUUCCGGUUGGUGCGGGAGGCGCCCUGGAGUCGCCACCUUCUUAUGACACUAGCGAGGCGCGUCUGACCCACAAUGGCCAGAUAGCGCAAGUCAACGGGGUCAACGUCCGCUUUCACAGGACCAUUAGCGUUCCCGCUCUUGUAAGCGUCCACCCGGCCCCCCUUGCGUCUCUGCCUCAUCAAUCGCUAUUUCCCAGCAAUGUGGGCAGCGCGACCGGCACUCUUCCCAAAUCUGUCUUAAGCAAAGGCGGAGCAUUCCUGAGCGUGUACCAGCGCGAAGCCAUCCCCAAGGAGUCCUAUGUCGUGAAGAUCUCCGUCGGCGGAGUGAACGCUCUGACCGGGGUGCCGCAAAACGCGAGCUCAUGUCGGAAGCAAGAUUAUCUUCCGGUUGGUGGCGAGGGCGGACAACUGCAGGUUCUACGUUCUUCCUCUCUGUCGUACUCCACUCACGCCGCGAUGCAUCAACUUAGAUGGCUCGACGGCAUUUCCACGGCUCCGGGUGUUGUGCGGCAGUUUGUGGCGAUGCACCUCGGGAAAGGAUACACUGUCGAGGGACAGGUGACGGAAGCCGAGUACCAUGCACUGGAACGACUGAUGAAGGUACAACGCACCAGAGGUAUAUCUCGCCGCCAAUCCAACAGUCAGGCUAGAGGGGUUCACGGAACCGCGACCUUCCAGCAACACGACGUCCUCGCUGUUGCGUCGUCAGCCAAUACCGCCGACAAUGUCAUCAUCGCAACCCUACCUUUUCGGACACAUCUCGAUCACAAACCCCGCGCUCAUGCCAAGCUGUCGCAGGCUCUCGUACAGGUCGAGCGAAGAGCCUCCGCUUUCAAACUCGACGCUGGUGGCGUAUCGCGGAUCACCGGCGGGGACGCGUUUGUUGUUGACUGCGAGAAAAGCGACACCAUUGAACACCUCAAGACGAAGAUUGAGGACUUGCAAGGGAUAUCGUCUCAGUUUCAGAGGCUGAUACAUGCGGGAAAACAGCUUCGGGAUGGACUAACCAUUCCGACUAUGGGAUCCAGUCUGACGCGACCGUCUAUCUGGUUCUGCGCAUGGUGGGCGGCAGACCUGGGCCAGAGAUCCAGGACAUGUUGGCUGGCUUUGCGGCAGGCGGAAAGAUAUCGCAAAAGAUCAACCGCGAUCCGCUGCCCACCAUCGCCUACGAUGAGUAGGGUCCAGACAUUCCACGUCGCGGUGAUCAACGCGGCCUGCUUCACCGCCGUUACUGGCCUCCCGAGCCCGCCGUCGCCGAUCACAGCCCAGACCUACCUGAAGUACGACCUUCCCUGGUUCGAGCUGUACGACGAGCACAUUCCGGCCGCGAACAACGCGUCCGCGGCCACGCUGCUCGGAGACGUCAAAUCCAUCGCGCAGCUCGACAGAGACCGUGCUGCCGCCGGUGGCAAAGACGACGUCGUGCAGACCCCGUGCGCGCACUCUGUGCGGGAGCUGGCUACCCACCGGCUGUCGCCGUGCGGGCACGUGUUCUGCAACGCCUGCUCGAGGGCGCCCGCCGCGCGUCCGCCACGUGUCCGUCGUGCGACGCAGCCGUCAUAUUCACGAGGGCUUCGCGUGAGAAUGAGAAAAAUAGACCACAUAUAUUGCUGGAUUUCGAGCUUCGAGGCUCGAUCACAUAAAAGUUGGCCAGGGAGCUUUCCUUCACGAUGGGGAGGAGGGCGGGGCGUCGGCAAGAAGAUGAACCUGGUGGUGAUUCGGAAGGGGCCGGUGUCUGUCAUAGCGACAGAAUUGGACAAGAACAGUACAUCGCGGGUAUUUGAACGGCAUAAAGUUGGAUGGCGGCAGUUGAAGCUGAAGCUAAAGCUUGAGCCGAGUCUCGGGUUCAAUUUGAUUCGACCAGGCUCUGAAACUCCUAUAUACACAGAACGACUGUCUUCUGCGAUUGGUCAGCAACAGAGAGAGGGGCCGAUCACAAUUUCGAAAGAGACGGGGCUAACCGAGUACCAGAAGGAGGCCGCAGAUGGGGCUAAACCGGCGCGUUCUGACUUCAGAGAAUUCAUCAAGGUGGAGGUUUACCCGACAGAGAUGACAGAUGGGACAAGGGAAAUAUUGACUCGCAGUGUCAACGGAGUAAUCGCACGGCGCAGUCUCAAACAAAAGCGAGAGCGGUCGCACCGUGUCAUCGCGCGACCAUAA